GGAAUACUGAAAGCUUUUCUUAUAGGAGUGAGGGGGUUCUCUUGCUCCUUGAAGGUUAAUUAUAUAAGCUCUAGUCACCCCACGUAUGUUUAUACAGAUAACUCUAUUAUUAUUAGAUACCCAUCCAGCACCUCGCCCCAACGCGCACCCAGGCCCCACGGGUCACAUGAUCAGCACAGGCCUUCCACCAUACUCCAGUAGAGCCACCAGUAGAGCCACCACGAAAUCCCCGCAAAACCAGGUGAAUUGCCCCGGAAAUGCUGCCCUCUCAACUGCCGGUGCCAGGGGUCACCACGCCCAUUGUCAUUUCCAAUACAGAGCUCUCGGGGGCGCCGUUUACGGCCGAUGACAUCGUCACGGGGUGCAAGGUCUAUGUGUUCAAGGAAAACGAAAAGAGACUCGCGGAGAUCUUGCAGAGCCACGUCAAAAAGGGCCAGAGGCGGUUCUAUGUGCAUUACCAGGACUACAACAAGCGGUUGGACGAGUGGGUGGCGGCGGACCGCAUCGACUACUCCGUGCCGUUGAUAAUGAAGGAGGAGGAGCCCGAGGAGAAGAAGCCCACCAAACUGAAACUGAAGCUGAAGCUGAAACUGGAUCUGAAACUGGGGCCGAACCUGAAACUGACCCUGAAACUGGAGCUGAAUCUGAAACUGCUGCAGAAAGGCGGUCCCGGCAAGGCCCAGGCCGACGAGUUGGACCUCGACAACUUGAAUGUGCAGGGCCUCAAAAGGCCCGGCGAGGAGGAGCUGCGGGAGGACGAAAUCAAGAAGUUGCGCACCGGCGGGUCCAUGAUCCAGAACCACUCGGAGGUGGCGCGUGUGCGCAAUCUCUCCGCCGUGAUCUUGGGCCUGUUUGUCAUCGAGCCGUGGUACUUCUCGCCGUACCCGAUCGAGCUCACAGAAGAGGACGAGAUCUACAUCUGCGACUUCACGUUGCUGUACUUCAGCUCGCGCAAGCAGUUCGAGCGGCACCGCGCCAAGUGCCUGAUGAAGCACCCGCCCGGAAACGAGAUCUACCGCGACGAAAAGGUCAGUUUCUGGGAGAUCGACGGCCGCAAGCAGCGCACGUGGUGCCGCAACCUCUGUCUUCUCCUGAAGCUCUUCUUGGACCACAAGACGCUCUACUACGACGUGGACCCGUUUCUCUUCUAUAUCAUGACCAAGAAGUCGCCGCAGGGCCACCACGUGGUGGGCUACUUCUCCAAGGAGAAGGAGAGCGCGGACGGCUAUAAUGUGGCGUGUAUCAUGACGCUCCCGUGCUACCAGAAAAUGGGGUACGGCAAGCUCUUGAUCCAGUUCUCGUACAUGCUCUCGAAAGUGGAGCACAAGAACGGGUCGCCCGAAAAGCCGUUGUCGGACUUGGGCUUGCUCUCGUACCGGGCGUACUGGACGGAUGUGUUGGUCAAGCUUCUUGUGGAACGCGCCAACCCGCAUCUCUGGCGGGAAAACAACGCCCAGCGGGAGGACCGGGACACCGGCCUGCCGCCACCACGCACCGCGAGCGGGCCGCUGGAGAUCACCAUCGAGGAAAUUGCCAACAACUUGUGCAUGACCACCACGGACGUGCUCCACACACUCGCGACGCUUCAGAUCAUCAAGUACUACAAGGGCCAGCACAUCAUAGUGAUCACGGACCAGAUCAUGGCCUUGUACGAGAAGAUGAUGAAGAAGGUGCGCGAGAAGAAGAAGCACGAGCUCGACCCGCAGAAGUUGAGCUGGGUGCCGCCGUCGUUCACGGCCAACCAGUUGAGGUUUGGCUGGUGAGGCGCGGGCGGCUCUUUGGCUGGUGGGGCUGCAUGCGAGGGCUGGCUCUGCGCACUGCUAUGCUAGGACAUGGGAGAGUUGUUCGGGGAACGCUGGUUCAGAGCUGCCUCAGUUGCCCGGGGGCCGGUUUGUGAAUUUGAGACUAUCCAGCUGGCAUUCCAGGCGUGACCGUGUUCAGCAGGC